GCGCAGCUAUUCUGGGAUAUAAGGUAGAGGGUACUUCCGGGUUGGGCGAGGUGAUUACGAUAGUGAUUUGUGUUGGAGAAGAGGAGAGCAGGUAGUGUUUUCCGCCAUGUUGGACGGUAACGACCCGCGGCGGCUCCUGGGUCAGAUCCGCUGUGUUCUGGAAUGUAUCGAUUGUCUGCGCCAGGCCAAGCCCCUCCCCCAAGCGCUGUGCUAUGUCCCCGGGGAGGUUCUGUACAAGAUCUGUAAGGACCCCAACGCAGCCGCCUCGUCCCGCUCCCUGCUGACCGUCUGGGAGGCCCCCGGAUACUCCAAACAGAACCUGAAGAAGCUUGUCAGGACCACCGUGGAGGUGCAGAAAGGAAGCUGCGUCAAAGCCACGGGCGAGGAGUACGGCAACGCCAACGGCCUGUGGGUGAAGCUGAGCAAGGAUCAGAUGGAGGAGUACGGCGGCGCAGGCGGCGGAUGUGUCAUGGCGGAGGGUUGGGUGUUGCUCUGCCGGCAGGACAAUGGAGGGGACCGGCUGGUCGCUGUGGAAUCCCCCAACAAGCUGACCGGCCAGCAGGACUUAUUCGGAGUGGAUUACAAACCCAUCAGCAGGUGGGAGGAUGUUGUGGACGCCACUUACUCCAUGCGGCUGGCGAGGCAACCGAGAUCUACCCAACCGGACGAGGAGGCGGUACAGAAAUUACGGUUUGUCCCUCCCUCCUGGACAUACGAGUGUGACGAGGAUUUGGUGCACUUCCUGCAUGAACAUGUGGGGAAGGAAGACGAGACUUUGGGGAACAUCAAACAGUUUGUGGACAGUAUCAACGUCUCCUCUGCUACGGAGGAUAAUAACUUGGCCUGCCUGACAGACGGCUACCACGACACGUACUGGGAGAGCGACGGGUCCCACGGCCAGCAUUGGGUCCAACUCAACAUGAAGGAAGGAACCAUCGUCAAGAAGCUGCUCCUGGUUGUGGACUCUACGGACGACAACUACAUGCCCAAAAGGGUGAUGGUGUACGGCGGCGAGCGAGACUCCCUGAAGAAGCUGAAUGACGUCCUCCUAGAGGAUAAUUUGAUCGGGGAUGUCUGUGUCCUGGAAGAUAUGACGUGUCACCUGCCUCUUAUCGAGAUCCGGAUCACAGAGUGCUUUGAUGAAGGGAUUGAUGUCCGAUUACGAGGAAUAAAGAUCAAGUCCUCCAAGGAAAGGGAUUUGGGCCUCCGGGCCGACAUGUUUCUGCCCCCUAACCUGGUACGAUACCCGCGACUGGAGGCCAUCGACCCCGACGUCUUGUACAGGAGAGCCAUGAUCCUCCAGAGGUUUGUGAAGCUUCUUGACAACGUCCUCAAUCACCUCGUCCCCACCUGGGAUCACAGCAUCGGCACGUUCAGCCAGCUAAAGCACAUUAAGCAGUUCCUGUUGAUGUCGAAACGCCGCACCGCGCUCAUCACUCAGUGCUUGAAGGACUCGGAAACCACCAAACCCAACAGCAUGCCGCGGCUUUACAUCAACCGCCGACUGGCCGUGGAGCACCGCGACAACCCUGCCUUAGACCCCACCUACAAGAAGACCGUGUUCAGCCAGGUCUACGAGGGUCUGAAGCCCACCGAUAAGUCUGAGAAGCCUCUGGACUACAGGUGGCCGGUGCGCUACGACCAAUGGUGGGAAUGUAAGUUCAUCGCAGAGGGGAUCAUCGAUCAAGGCGGAGGAUUCCGGGACAGCCUGGCUGAUAUUUCUGAGGAGCUGUGCCCCAGUUCUGCCGACUCCCCUGUGCCGCUGCCUUUCUUUGUGCGCACAUCAAACCAGGGUAACAGCACCGGAGAAGCUCGGGACAUGUAUGUGCCAAACCCGUCCUGCAGAGAUCUGGCCAAGUACCAAUGGAUCGGGCAGCUGAUGGGCGCGGCUCUCCGAGGGAAGGAGUUCCUGGUCCUGGCACUGCCCGGCUUUGUGUGGAAACAGCUGACCGGAGAGGAAGUCAGUUGGAGUAAAGAUUUCCCGGCGGUGGAUUCCCUGCUGGUUAAACUCCUGGAGAUGAUGGAGCUGAUGGAUAAAGAGACGUUUGAGUUUAAGUUUGGGGCGGAGCUGACGUACACGACGGUCCUGAGCGAUCAGCGAAUGGUGGAGCUGGUCCUCGGGGGCGGGAACAUAUCCGUACAUUACGAGGACCGGCUGGAGUUCAUCAAGAUGGUGCAGAAGGCGCGGCUGGAGGAGAGUAAAGAGCAGGUAGAAGCCAUUCAGGCCGGACUGCUGAAGGUGGUUCCUCAGGCUGUGUUGGACCUCCUUACCUGGCAGGAGCUGGAGAAAAGGGUCUGCGGGGACCCCGAGAUCUCUGUGGAGGCCCUGAAAAAACUGACCAGGUUUGAGGAUUUGGGGGCCACAGACAUCCGAGUUCAAUAUUUCUGGGAGGCUCUGAACAGCUUCACAAAUGAGGAUCGCAGCCGCUUCCUGAGGUUUGUGACUGGGCGGAGUCGUCUUCCGGCUCCCAUCUACAUAUAUCCAGAUAAGUCGGGAUCCACAGAUUCGCUCCCCGAGUCUUCCACGUGUUCCAGCACCUUGUACCUUCCCAACUACCCCAGCGCCAAGAUCUGCGAGGAGAAGCUGCGUUACGCCGCGUACAACUGUGUGGCUAUCGAUACGGAUAUGAGUCCGUGGGAGGAGUGAGGGGCGGAGACGAGUCUGUGGGAGGGGUAAGGGGCAGGGAGGAUACUGU